CUGUUCUUCUUUGGCUGGACACUGAUUUCCAAUCUCUCUCUUCUCUGAGCCGAUCUAAAAUCGCAGCAUGACAAGCUACACAGACAAAGGGGAGAAGCCCGCACGGGGGAGGUUUGUCAGGUUUCAUCAUGUCACCUUCUGGGUCGGCAACGCCAAACAGGCAGCCUCGUUCUACUGUGAUAAGAUGGGCUUCGAGCCCCUGGCCUACAAAGGUUUGGAGACUGGCAGCAGAGAGGUGGUGUCUCAUGUCAUCAGACAGAAUAAGAUAAUCUUUGCAUUUGAAUCGGCUCUUAAUCCUGGAAAUGAAGAGAUGGGAGAACACUUAGUUAAGCACGGAGAUGGAGUCAAAGACAUCGCCUUCCAAGUGGAGGACUGUGACUUCUUAUUCAAGACGGCUAAGGACCGAGGAGCUGUGGUCGUCAAGGAGCCCUGGGUGGAGCAGGACAGCCAUGGGAGGGUCAAGUUUGCUGUGAUUCAGACGUAUGGAGAUACAACGCACACGCUCAUUGAGUACCUCGGACCCUACAAGGGCCUUUUCCUGCCAAGCUACAAAGAGCCUCUGUUCAGGGAUCCCUUAUUAGCUAAACUCCCACCAACAGGUCUGAACUUCAUCGAUCAUAUUGUGGGAAACCAGCCAGAUGACCAAAUGGUGCCAGUUUCAGACUGGUAUCAGGCGUGCCUGAUGUUUCACCGCUUCUGGUCAAUAGAUGACAAACAGAUCCACACACAGUACAGUGCGCUGAGGUCCAUAGUGGUGACAAACUAUGAAGAGACCAUCAAGAUGCCAAUCAAUGAACCUGCCAUGGGGAAAAAGAAGUCACAAAUCCAGGAAUUUGUGGACUAUAACGGGGGACCAGGUGUUCAGCACAUUGCCCUCAACACGUCAAACAUUAUCGAAUCUAUAGUGAACCUGCGCGCCCGAGGGAUGGAGUUCCUCUCAGCACCCGACACGUAUUAUGACACCUUGCGGGAGAAACUCAAAACUGCCAAAAUCCAGGUGUUGGAGGACCUCGAUCGUUUACAGGAACUAAGAAUUUUAGUGGAUUUUGAUGACAAGGGCUACCUCCUUCAAAUCUUUACCAAGCCUAUCCAGGACAGACCAACACUUUUCUUGGAGGUCAUUCAGAGGAAUAACCACUUUGGCUUCGGGGCAGGAAACUUCAAGUCUCUCUUUGAGGCUAUUGAGAAGGACCAAGAUGCCCGGGGCAACCUCACUGUGCUGACACCCAAAGGGCAGCCCAAAGCCUUCUACUGAUCCUUUGACUGCUGCUGCCAAACCACAUUGAGACUCUUAUCUACGGCUGUGGAUUUCAGACGCAAUCAGCAACACCCACCACGGCUGCAGUACAGCAAACACACAGUGUCGAAUAUCGCAGUGUGACAAGUUGAGCGCGUUAUCAGACAUGCUUUAAGCUGUCAGAAGAUUGCACAGUGUUUGGUUAAAUAAAGAAACAAAUGUGG